UUUACCCCUCUUCCAAAACAAUGAGCAAUUCCAAGGGAAGACAGAACCCCCGAAACAGUUGGUGACAUCAACAGCAUUCUUCUCAAGGAUUACUCAACUGAGUGCUUGUUUAGUGUGUGAUCUCAAUCAUAGAAAAGAAGAACUGCCCCAGACUUGAUUAUCUUUUUAAAAACUUGCAAAACCUGAGAAGCUAAGACUCUUUGAAACAGGAAGCUGUGUUUUUUCCUACCUUACUAAUGUCUCUGGUGGUAUCAGAUGGUAUCUCCGUUUCAUGAGUGGCAAGACCUAAGCUAUCACUGGACGCAUAAAGGAUUUUGCUAAAUUAGCAGGUGGAUACCAACGCUCAUGAAAUGUGGUAACUGAAGAGAACCUAAUAUUUCAAACGCAUAAUCUGAAAAGUGAAAAAAGGGACAAGGAAAAUGGUGACCUCAGUUGAUGGGAUUGAAACCAUGGGUGAAGUUGCUGGGACCACACCCUACGACUAUGAGGGGGCACUGCCAUGCGAGAAAAGCAAUGUCAAGGAGCUGGGGGCCCAGUUCCUGCCCCCACUGUAUUCCCUGGUGUUCAUGAUUGGCUUGCUGGGCAAUGUAGUGGUGGUGGUGAUCCUCACAAAAUACAAGAGGCUCCGUAUUAUGACCAACAUCUACCUGCUCAACUUGGCCAUUUCUGAUGUGCUCUUCCUAUUCACGCUGCCAUUCUGGAUUCACUAUGUUAGGUGGAACGAGUGGGCUUUUGGCCACUCCAUGUGUAAGUUGCUCUCUGGACUCUAUUACAUGGGAUUGUACAGUGAGAUCUUCUUCAUCAUCCUCUUGACCAUAGACCGGUAUCUGGCCAUCGUCCACGCUGUAUUUGCCCUUCGAGCCCGUACAGUCACUUUUGGCAUCGUCACUAGCAUCUUCACCUGGGGCCUGGCAGUGCUAGCAGCCCUCCCUGAAUUUUUCUUUCAUGAGUCCCAAGAGGAGGCUGGACAGACUAUCUGCAGUCCUCUUUACCCAGAGGAUAAUGAAAAUGCCUGGAAGCGUUUCCAUGCUCUGAGAAUGAAUAUCCUGGGUCUCGCUCUGCCUCUGCUCGUUAUGGCCAUCUGCUAUUCAGGAAUUAUUAAAACACUGCUGAGAUGCCCCAGUAAAAAAAAAUACAAAGCCAUUCGGCUCAUUUUUGUCAUUAUGGUGGUCUUCUUUAUUUUUUGGACACCCUACAAUCUAGUUGUCCUACUCUCUGCUUUUCAAAUGCACUUGGAGGCCGACUGUGAACAGAGCAGACAGCUGGACCUGGCCAUGCUGGUGACAGAGGUGAUUGCCUACACGCACUGCUGUGUCAACCCCGUGAUCUACGCCUUCGUUGGUGAGAGGUUCCAGAAGCACCUCCGCCACUUCUUCUACAGGCACGUGGCCACCUACCUGGGCAAAUUCAUGCCGUUUCUUCCCAGCGAGAAUCUGGAAAGAGCCAGCUCUGUCUCCCCAUCAACAGGGGAGCAGGAACUCUCUGCUGUAUUCUAGGUCAGAGGCAGAACACUGCCUACAGAAGAUGCACAGACCAGAUGAAGCCAACAUAUUGACCUCUUCAUCAGUCCUUUGAACUUCCAGCACAAUGGCUGAAGCUCUUGAAGCCAUAAAAUAUACACACAAUGGUGAUGGUAUAUCUAUGCACCCCAAAGUCAUUACCAAAGGUCAACGCCUGGGCAAUGACUUAUUAUGAACCCUGAAAAGCAGAGCUUUGCUUGAUUCACUCGAGUCACGUAAAUUUUAAUGCACCUGAAUGUUAGAUGGUUACUAUAUGCAGCUACAAACUAGUCAAGCUUUUUAUAUCUUAAACCUUAAUUUCAGCCAGUUAUGGAUAUAAAUGAAACAUAAUAAACAUAAAUGA